AAUAAAUCCUAAAAAUGUUCUUUAGGAGAUAAAUUACUGACUGUAACGUUGCAUGAUUUGCCUCAACCAAACCAUGAGGCAAAUCAUAAAAUGAUAAAACAAUUAUUCUGAUGAACACACUAUUUAUUUUUGAGUAAAUCCUUAUUCAGAGCUGCACAGCUGUGUCUUGUGAAUUUGUCUGUAUGGCAAAAACAGUUAAAUUUUUCUGUUCUGCAGAUGGAAACUACAAAGGGCAUUGUGCCAGUAUAUUACUGAUACUUUAACUUACAUGGCAACAGUGAAAGACUUCUCUGAGAGUUUCUCUGAAUGGAAAGACUGCAGAGAAAUAGAGUACGUGAAAAUGAUAAGCAUCAAGGAAAUGGCUGACAUUAUUGACCCCACCUUCACUAAGUCAGAAAACACAAACGAAGGCAAGUCAGAGGGAAAAAUGGCAGCCUUUGGUAAAUACUUAAAAAGAGUCUUUCAGAUUAACCCAGAGAAAAAACUUGCAGAGCUGGAAAAUGUGCUGGAUGAAGUGUUAAAAGAAACACUGGAAGGCUUAGAGCAACUUGACAUCUUCUUGGACGCAAUGGAGAAGCUGGCUGUGACUUCACUGAAUGUCUUCACUGAGAACCAGAUUCUACACCUUCCUGAGACGAUCAGCUUCAACGAUGUUCAAGCUGUCAUCAAAGAUGCAAUACAGAUCUGCCCUCUACUGCUGGAGUUCAAAAGAGAUGCAAAGUCCUUCUUCCUUCCUAAACUUCACAAUGUGGAAGUGCUUACAUCACAACUGCAAAAGUACAUACAGACCACCAAACGUCUAAUUCAUGCAACAAGUUUUAACUUUGAAAUUAGCUUGGAGAUGGCUGAAGAUAUAGCCGUGGAUCCAGAUGAUCUGAAUGAAAAUGACAUGCAAAUGAUGAUAAGUCACAUUAAACAACUGGAAAAAACCAGGUUAGUCUGAAACAACGUAUGCAAAACAUCAAUAUUUUUCAGGAAAACUUUCUGUUCUAACAAUUAAAAAAUUUUAUUUGAGGUUUUUUUUAUUAUUCACGGCACAAGUACACGUCUGAUGAAAUUUCUCUUAAUUUUAUACCUACAAAGAGUGAAGGGAUUUCAGCUUUAAACUCUUCUUUUAUGGCUGAAUGUUAUGGAGCAACAAAUUUGGCCCCAUAGACUGUUCUAAAAAAUAAGUGAUUAUGCAAAGAUUUUGAUUAGUUAAAUCGCUGGAAAUUUUCUAACAUCUUGUGUGGGAUUUCUCCUGGAACCAAGCUGCUGAUAGCAGUCA